GUAUGGAGUGAGAGGUUUGGAACGCAAUUGGAACGCACGGGUCCGUAACUAAAAUAUGCAAUAAUCAUUCCUUCCGGGGAUGCUCUUUACAUCAAGAUGGUAACGUCUGUGCUGAGCAGUGUGACUAUAAGUAGGGUCAGCUCUGUACUUAACCGAGAUGUCAAGCAGUUUGGCAAACAAUUUCUGUUCGAUGGCAGGGAGGAGACAUGCUGGAACUCGGAUCAGGGGUCGUGUCAGUGGGUUUUGAUGGAAUUUCCACAGAAUGUAUUAGUCUCUCAGAUUCAUCUUCAGUUCCAAGGAGGUUUUUCCUGCCAAACCUGUGCUCUAGAAGGAUGCUACAAAGAUGGGGAAUUGGUGAAGAUAGCAGACUUCUACCCUGAAGACACCAACACUCUUCAAAAAUUUACUUUUGCUGAGCAGUCAGUCAGCAAGCUCAGGGUUUCAUUUCUAAACAGUACUGAUUUCUUUGGGAGGAUAACGCUUUACCAUUUGGAUGUUCUUGGAUAGAAAUAUAACAACGUCUUCAGCAACUGAAUUAAGCACUGUACCAACACUGCCCAGAUUGUUCCGGACAGGACAGAAGUUGGGUCACACAUUACAUCCAAUUCUGCCCCCUCUCUAGGCUGGACCAUUGCUGCCUGUUAUGAAGGGAUAUCAAGUGGCGCUGUCAGGUUCUUCUCUUACAGGCUAUUUAGGAAAUAAAACAUAACACUGCCAUACAUGAAGCUCUUCAGGAAAGAAUAGUAAAAUGCAAAAACUGGAUUAGUUGGCCAACACUUUCUACUAAUUUUGAAGAGUGGUAAAAACAUAAAUGCUUGCACUUGCACUCACCUCCAGACUUUAUUCCUGAACCUUCAGCAAUGGAAUGACCUUGCAUAUACCAGUAUAGGAUCUGUUAUCCGGAAGCCCAUUAUCCAGAAAGUUCUGAAUUACAGGAAGGCUCCAUAGAUUCCAUUUAAUCAAAUUAUUAUCAUUACAAAAUUUUCUUAACAUUGUUCUUGGUCCAAACUAAGCUGCAUGAAUCAAUAUUGGUGGCAAAACGAACCUAUCGGGUUUGUUUAAUGUUUAAUUACUUUUUAACAGACUUAAAAUGUAAUAAUCCAAAUUACAGAAAGAUACGUUAUCAGGAAAACCCCAGGUCCCAAUCUUCUGGAUAAUUGAUACUGUUCAUAAAUAAAGCAUGGUCCCUUGUGUGUGGAAUGUCUGUUUUAUCCUAAUGCUAUGUGAGCUAAAGAGCUGCUGAUACAUGGCUUAUUUUCCCAAGUGAAGAAUUCAUGACUGGGUUUUUGACUGUUUGUAAAACAUUUACAAAUAACAUUAAAGUCAUUGAACAUUUUAAAUUACUAUGCAAAGGUCAGAAUUGCAAUUCUUUGUAACUAUGUAUGAACUCCUUUAAGGAAAAUAUUAGGCUAUAAACCUAAACUAAUCCCCCCCCCCCCCCCCCCCCCAUUAACCAUGAUUCUGGAAGCAAACCAAGCCAUGCUUUUCUAUCUACUGUUUUUUUUGUUUUUUUAAAUUAAGACAGUGUCACUGGUUAUCAUGAUUUCUUGGUUAUUACCUGUAGCUGCUGUUUCUCGAGACUUUUAUACUGGUGAUGCAUCCAAGCAGCAUGCUAAAAGGUGAGUUAUGAUUGAAUCGUUGGUUGAAACAUGUAUAUUUUGAAUACAAUUUUAAUAUGGCCUUUGCAUCUCUUGGCUGUGUGGCACCAUCUGAGCUUACAAUGGAGGUGCAGUCUGCUAACACGGAGUAGCGACUGUGUGUUCCUGCUCUCAUGCGCCAGUUAAUGCAAGAAGAGUAAUACAUUUCUGUCACCUGAGCGGCAGUGCUAACUGGCUACUGCUGUUGUUACCAGGAUGAUGGCACUGUUUGCAAUGUUUUACAAAGCAAAGCUCUGGAGUCCAACUGGCAAAACUCUUGUAUUCGCAAGUGUAAUAUACUGCCAUGAUGGUAUUUGACAACCACCACCCCCCCACUCCCCCUCCAGUCCUGCCCACUGUCAGCAAUAGAUUGAGUAGCAGUCAGGCAGGAGAACUUCCCUUGAUAAGGCUGGUAAGCUUCAAUCCUUUAUAGCUGUAUGGAAUAACUAAAAAAAGGAGAUGUGUGAUAAUCUAGAUUUUACCAUCUGGAUUUGCAUUUUUAAAGAAAAAAUGUAUCAUGACCUAGAGACACCCGUGCCCCAAAUCUCCAUGGAUUUAUUUUUAGAUAGAUGUUGUUUUAAUAUAAUCUGGCACCAAAAUAUGUAGUGUAUUUUUCCCACUAGAGGGAGAAGUUGGGCAGCACUGACCUAUAGAUUCAGUGGUUAUAUCAAGAUGCUGCUCAGUUGCAAGCUUGUGGGGGAGAAAGAGCAAAAGUUGGUGCAGAUGUAAAAUAAGGAUUGUGACACUAAAAACACAACAUGGCAUUUUAACUUUCUAUUAGCCACAGGAGAGUUCUAAAUCUGUGUUCAAUUUGUAUUUACCGAGAAGUAUAUUUGUUCUUAUGCCAUUAAUUUAACAGCCUGUAACACUGUGUUUUCCCCAGCCCUGCUUCUUUCUGUGUGUUAACCAAUAAAAGGCUAAUUUAA